CAUAGCGACCCAGGGGCCGUUGCCGGAAACUAUAUCUGACUUCUGGCGCAUGAUGUGGGAACAGAGAAGCUCAACAAUUGUCAUGAUGACCAAAUUGGAGGAAAGAAACCGUGUUAAAUGCGAUCAGUACUGGCCAUCACGUGGGACUGAGACGUAUGGAUACAUUCAAGUGACAUUGAAUGAUACAACUGAGUUGGCAACAUACACAGUUAGAAACUUUGUCAUAGCAAAUCUGAGGAACCGUGCUGGGGAGAAGCGUGAAGUGCGUCAGUUCCAGUUUACCGCUUGGCCUGACCACGGCGUUCCAGAACAUCCAACCCCUGUUCUUGCAUUCCUGAGACGUGUGAAAGCAUGCAAUCCUCCUGAUGCUGGACCUAUUAUAACACACUGCAGUGCGGGCGUUGGUCGAACUGGAGCCUUCAUCGUGAUUGACUCUAUGCUGGAGCGUAUCAAGCAUGAAAAGACUGUUGACAUUUAUGGUCAUGUGACUUGUCUGAGAGCUCAAAGGAACUACAUGGUGCAAACGGAGGAUCAGUAUAUCUUUAUCCAUGAUGCAUUGCUAGAAGCGGUGCAGAGUGGUAAUACCGAGGUGCCAGCACGAAAUCUCUAUGCACAUAUACAGAAACUCACUCAGCCUGAACCAGGUGAAACGGUUACAAUUGUACGUUUGUCAUUGUAGGGUUACCGCUCACGGUCUGCAUACAUUGCUACCCAAGGUCCAUUGGCAGAAACUACUGAAGAUUUCUGGAGAAUGUUGUGGGAACAUAACUCCACUAUUAUUGUAAUGUUAACAAAACUGAGGGAGAUGGGCAGGGAGAAGUGUCAUCAAUAUUGGCCAGCAGAGAGAUCAGCAAGGUACCAGUACUUUGUUGUGGAUCCAAUGUCAGAGUAUAAUAUGCCACAAUAUAUUCUAAGAGAGUUUAAAGUUACAGAUGCAAGGGAUGGUCAGUCACGAACAAUUCGACAAUUCCAGUUCACGGAUUGGCCGGAGCAAGGAGUUCCCAAAUCUGGUGAAGGCUUUAUUGAUUUUAUUGGCCAAGUACACAAAACAAAAGAGCAGUUUGGUCAGGAUGGUCCCAUAUCGGUUCAUUGUAGUGCCGGAGUUGGUACAGGUGUUUUCAUCACUCUUAGUAUUGUACUUGAGCGUAUGCGAUAUGAAAGUGACCAGUACCAGUUCAACUAUCGAGCGGCGUUGGAGUACCUGGGUUCAUUUGACCACUACGCAAACUGAGAUCUCACAAUAGCUUUGAACACUGUACAAAAUAGGAUUAUAUGACGAACGGAAAGAACUUUUUAACCUUUGUUUUACUGUGAAAAUUAGGAGCACUAAUGCAAAGACGUUAGGAUGUAGAUUUAGAAAGCAGAACUUAUUUUAACAAGGAUAAACUCUGAUGCUUACCAGACUUGUUUUAUUUCCCAUUCUGAUGGGUUGAUCACCAGGAUGCUAUUAUGUGGAUAAAGAAACAGGAUAAUAUUGUGUUGUAAUAAACACUUUAUAAACAAUUAAACCUGCUAAGAAAAUCAACCCGCUUCCACUGUGCCUGGAAUUGAAGAAACUGAAGACAACAAAAUCUCUAUGGUAUAGAAUAAAUUAGAACUGAAAAAGCCUGAUUCUUUUUGUAUCCAUACGAAAAAUCUUCAGGUACUUUUUUAUUUCUCACAGAAGAAAGAGAUAGCAAUUCCUGUAAAUUUGAUUGCUAUGUGUGUGUGUGUGUGUUAUAUUACGCUGUGUUCAAUGUCACUAUAGACCUUAGUUAACGUAGUCUCUUGAUAACAAAAACUAAUGAGAUGUGUAUUUAAGUUUCAUAAUUUCAUUUUCCCCACAAGAGACUUAAACUUUACACCCCUGCAUUCAGAGUAUUUUGAAUCACCUCGUUAUUUUGAGAUUCGUUUCUCAUCAUUUAUGGGUGAAAUACAGUAAAUAUAUCUGUUUUAUUAUUGCAGUACAUAUUGGAGGGUAUUUUAUUGUUUGUGCUUGUAUUAUAUUUGGCACAAUUCGCUUGGAAAAUAAUGCAAACUUUUUUUUUGUUAUACUAUUUUUGUAAUAUAUUUACUGUUCAUUAUUAAGUACCGUAACAACAAAUUGGUGUUUUGUUUUUUUUAAAGUCCUUAAAAAAGAAAAUUGAAAUAUUUUUGUAUAACAAAUUUAUGAAAGUUGAAAAAAAGCCAAUCAACGCAUUUUUUAUUAUAAUUGAGUUGAUGUUUUAAUGAAAAUUAGUUGGAAGUAUUUUAUUAUUAUUAUUCAUAUAGGUUCCAUUUUGGGAUUCUUUUAUAUUGGUUUAACCUGUCCAGUUUGUGGUGGGGAUCAUUUUUGUUUUUCCUCUGUACUUAUACCUCAUACAAAUACUAGGUCUUGGUAACAAACUUUCUCACUCUGAUACAAAGUGUGUUUUCACUGCCAUUGGUUGGUUAAAGGCAAUGAUGUCUAUAGUACUUCAAGUACCUUUCUACAAAAAGUCUUUCUCAGUUCACAUCCCCUCAGUGUAUAUUUCUAUUGAAAGGAAUACUCUAAAUCAUUUUUUUUUUUUUUAUUUUUUCUAUUGAUAUUUUUUUUUCAGUUUUUGUUGAUGGUAAACUGGUAAAUUUCCACAUUGUUCAUUGCGUGCAAGUACGAUGUAAUCCUGCAAAACCAAAAUUUAAUAGCUAUGCAUUUUAAUUAUUUUUUAUUAUUUAUUAUCUUAUAAGUAUAAUUGAUUGACAAUAACCCGGGUUUGUUUGGAGUCACAUAAUAUGGUGGUGGGUUUUAUCACGGUUGUCUCAUCCUGAAACUUCAAAUGUAAUGUAAUGUAGUUGGCAAUUUUGGACCUCUGACCUCAAAUAAUCGACAUCAUGUGUUGUAUGCAAAUUAUGUUGAUGCAAAGUAUGAAUGGUGUCAUGACAACAAAUCAUGGUGAACAUCGACAUCGUACUAAAAAUUGCACACAAUUGUAGUCAGUUAGUGAUUGUACAGCAAAACGUAGCAGUGUUACGGCUUUUAUUAAAAUCACUGUAUAUUGGAACAUGCACUAUUCAACGACCAGUGCCGCCUUAUAGGAUACCCCAGGACAUUCAUUGCCAUUUACUUACAUUUGAGGAUCUGUGGUGUUUUAACCAUUUUAUGACGUAAAGCUUGUUUGAUUCCAUUUUGGAUGUUAAUAUAAUGAUAUUUGCUUGUACUAACAAAACAUUGACCUACAAAUGUUGACAUUUGUGAAAAGUUCUUAUAGCUAACCUCACAUUAACACGAUUAGGUAGAUCCAUGCAGCUGAUUAACGUCCUUCUGUCCAGUGAACAGUUUAGAUGUUUACUGAGACAAAUAUGGUAAAACAUUGAUGUCCAUUACAGUUUUAUGUCAGCUGUAUGUCUGUUAAAAUAACCAUGUGACUCCAAACUACCCAACUAUUACAUUGCUUUAUGCCUAUGUAGCAAAACAUUUUAUUUUAUUUUUAAUCAGUAUUGACAAGUAAAUUUAUAUACUUUCAUUUUGGAGAAGUAUCAAUAAUGAUGUUUCCAUGGGAACAGUAAGUAUAGCAAGUGGCAAGUUGUAUAUUUCAGUUUGCUGAAAGGUUGGUUGUUGCCACUCUAUGUUUGAUUAAAAUUAAAUAAUGCCGCUUUCUAACACUUUAUGCUUAUAAUAACAGAACCGUGGAUCGGAUCUUCAUUUAUAGUGUUGAUAUUUUCAUUCUACACUUGGGGCAAACAAUCAUCAAGUUUAGUCUAGUUUGACAUUCAGUCUUGGUGUUCUAUAUAUUUUAUUGACGUUAAUAGUAAUUUGGUUAUUGGGGCCGUUAAUUGUACCCACCUGUGUUAUAUUUUGAAAGUUUUAAAUGUAUAAAAUUUGUGUAGGAAACUCAUACUUGGCUCAGAAAUGCCAAUUGUUUUUUUUUUACAAUUUUAUUUUCAGUGGAAAUGUUCUCGAUAUACUACUUAAAACAAUGUAAUAUAAUACUUUGUAGUUAAGAAAGUUGAUAGGACCUGAUGUAACACUUUUCCUUGGAUAAUUUAAUCAAUCAUUUACUUUUCAUCACUUGUGUAGCUUCCUAGUUUUGUCUUUAGAAAGUACCCUACCUGAUCCUGGUCAGUACGUGGUUAUAUUACUUCUCUGGGUCAUAGUGUCCUUAUUCAUAAUUCACAUAUGCUGUACAAAUUUUGAGGGUUCUAGAGGGGUGAAGAGGCUGUGUCAUAGAUUCUAUCAUGUGUGAUAUUAUUCAUUUUAGUCAAAGUUUACAAGUUCCUACCAUCACCAUAUUUUAUCAUGUUGGCAUUGUUAUUCUCUUUAAAACACGAAACCAAUAAAGAAUGAUUAAUGUCA